AUGUCCCUAUCAUGGCCGCCCCCAAACAGUCAGAAACCACCAGACGAUGAACCUCUUCUACAUUCUUUACACAGAGAUACUUUAAAUGGCCUGCUCCGCGCCCCCUCCCGCCCUCACACGCCCAGUUCUUUCAGAUUGCGCAGUCUGGGGAGCGGUUCCCAGUCCGGCCAAGCUGCGGAACCAGAGCCCAGCAUCGAGGAAGAUCCCCAGAUUGUCCGGUUCCGCGCACUCUUCCAAGACGCCGAGAGCAGACUUGCAACAUUGUUCAAUGAUGUCGGACAAGUUGUAAUUCCUCAAAGGCGCGUUCUCGCCGCUGCUCCCCUCCAUCAACCCGCCCCCGACGCUGCUGCCCCGUCCGCUCCGCCCCCUGCUCCUAUAUCAAAAAAGCGCAAGUUGGAAGACGACGACUACGACGAUUAUGACGACGACGAUGACGACGAGCAACCCGACGCCGAUGCGGCAAACGCAUCCUCCGUCAAGGAGAACCCAAAUAAGGUUCACAUCGUCGCCGAUGCCACCUCGUCGCCGACCCCGAGGCCCGCCCCGCCCCCGAGUAUACCCUCCGAUUCGGUGAAGACCGCUCUCAAGGCGGGCCACGCCAAACAGAAGGAGGCUGCAGAGGACGCUCGCAAGAAGCUGGAAGAGGCUAAGCGCAAGGAAAUCGAGACUGUCAAAACCCUGUCGCGAACAAUGUUUUUCACACUGGAAAAUGACCGAGACGCCAUGCUGGAUCAACAACGUCUUGACGAGGCAGAGCGCCGGGCCGAAGCUGAAGCAGAAGGUCAUGCUAACCGACAGAAUGCUGCCAUGCAACAAGGCAGUCUUAGCAAGGCCAACCUCGGUGCAUCCAGUCUGACGCUUAAGAAUCUCAUUGCCCGUUUGGAUGAACAUCGUAAUCUAGUUCAUGCAACCGAAUCGGAGCUUCGCGCUUUGAUGAGCGAGGUGCGCAAGAACCGAAGCAAAUGGGCGAGCGAGGACAAGGUCGGUCAGGAGGAACUCUACGAGGCGGCGGAGAAAGUCUUGACCGAGUUGAAAGCUCACACAGAGCACUCGACUCCGUUCCUCAACCCCGUCAAAAAGAAGGACGCACCUGAUUAUUAUGUCGUCAUCAAGCAUCCCAUGGAUCUCGGUACCAUGACCAAGAAACUCAAGCAAUUCGCUUACAAGUCCAAGAAGGAAUUUGUGGAUGAUCUCAACCAGAUCUGGAAGAACUGCCUCAAGUUCAACACCAGUCCUGACCAUCUCUUUCGAAAGCACGCUCUGUUCAUGCAGAAGGAGACGGACAAACUUGUGCCUCUGAUUCCGGAUAUCGUCAUCAGAGACCGUGCCGAAGUCGAGGCUGAAGAGAGACGGCAACAAGGUGAACUCGACGAUGGUGCUGAAGAAAGUGACGACGAACCAAUAAUGUCCUCACGAGGCCGCAAGGCUCCCAAGAAAAGUGCAAAGAAAGGCGGAGCAGCAGCCCGAAAGGCUCCGCCCGAAACGACUCCUAUUCCAGAGACCAAGCCUGUGUUGCAAUCAUUGAAUUCCGUCCAAAAUGGCAUCCGAGCAGAGUCUGAGGUGGACGGAAGUCAAGGUCACUCGACGCCACCCCCAGGAGUUUUGACACCGGUUGGCGCUCCUGGCGCGGGCAGCGUUGUGGGAGGCGGAAGUGAAGCAAUGGAUUUAGAUCUCCCCGCACUGCCUUCACAGGCACCGAUACCUGAAUAUGAAGAUGAGGAAUAUAAGCUCUGGAAACAGAAGACCAAAAAGGAUCGGGCAAUGCUCGCUGCUGCGCGGCACAAGCUCUUCCGUGGAGACAAAUUGAACGCUGAGGAAACAGCAUUACUGCGGAGCAAGGCCGGUAUGCGUAGAUGGCUGCGCAUCCAACAAGAAACUGCGGGCAAAGACGUUGCAGAGCUUGGGACGGAGACAUAUGAAAGGGAGAAUAGGGUUGAAAUCCAUGGUCAAACCCUCGCUGAAGGAAUGGAGGUCGAGGAGGAGACCAUGCUUCCUGAUUAUUACGAUUCGCUCGCUGCCAUACCGGACAUCAACCCCCGACUGAGAUGGGAACAAGACUCUGAAGGACAUGUCAUUGAACAUGCUGAGGAGUUUCUCCGACUCUACCCUCCAGGUCAGUUUGUCGCUCCACGCGGCAAGCUAGCAAAAGCGAUCGAGGCCAACAUGCGCCAAAUGCAAGACACACGGAAGGUGGUCUCGAAAAUCAGCGUUGUCAAGCAGAUGCAACUACAGUCGCAGACCUACCAAAACCAGUUUCAGAAAUACCAACCAGAACCAUUCGUUGAAGCAGACAUCCCCAACCACGUCAUGUCAGACGAUGGUCCUGUCAUGGCUCCGUGGGUCUGCAAGGCGGCCUUUCAAAGGUCGAUAGGGGAGAUUUUCUUUCACGCAGGGUUUGAGGAGUUUCAACCUUCGGCGAUAGAUGCGAUGACGGAUCUGGCAGCAGAUUUCUUUCAGCGAUUGUGCACGACACUGGUGAACUACCGAGAAGACUACAAGAUUCCCGUGCUGACCACGGUCCCCGUUGCUCAGGGUGAGAAAACCGAAACGGUGUACAAGUCUCCGCAUACGACGGAAGAGGCGAUCCUGCACACUCUGCACACCGGUGGCAUGUCGCUCAAUGACCUCGACGUGUACGCGCGAGAAGAUAUCGAUCGUACGGCCAGUAAGCUCACUAUGAUGCACGAGCGGAUGAAGGGACAUCUCGCCGAUCUUCUUAGACCAGCUUUGACAGACGAAACGGCCCAUGGACAAGGAUCUUUUGCAGACGGCGGAGAGCAGUACGUGGGCGGAGACUUCGCAGGCGACCUCGAUGAAGACUUCUUCGGCUUCCGCGAGCUUGGUCUUGAUAAGGAGUUCGGAAUGGCCAGUCUGACAGUACCAUUCCACAUUCUUCAGAACCGUCUUGGCCUCAGCAAUCAACAGGAUGUCUCGGCAGAUUUGGCAGAGAAGAUGUUCAGUGAACCAUCCCGAUGGCCCAAGAUCACCGUCGAAAAUGUCGAGGACCAAAUUGGUCUCAUCAGAGAUUGGUUCAAGAAACGCCUGCGUGAUAAUGGUGAACGUCCGCUCAUCGAGGAUCUGGAAUUGCCACCGAAGCAGAGGCCUGGCCAUGGAAGAGCGAGAAUUCCUGCUUCAGGGAAGAUUGGGGAGGGCACGCUAAAGAGUAACGCCAGCCCCCAGAAGAAGACCGCGGCUAACAAGAGUGCCGCAAACGCCGCGAAGGCUGCCGCGGCCGCAGCCGGAAGCACCACGCCAGGGGACAAAGGGAAGAGGAAGUCGGUGGUCGUCAACGGCGUGGCUGACGAGAGUCCGAUGGUCAAUGGCGUGGGCAAUGCAUCUCCAUCAACGCCGGGUCCUGGUGGAGAUGGAAGCCCCGAGAAGAAACAGAAAACUGUACUGAAAGCAAAGACUUCGACGACCGAAGUUCAUAAGGUUUCGGAGAAGGAUAAGAACCAAGACCACAACGGACCACCGCCAGCCGUGGAGACUUUGGAUAUGGUGGACGGCGUCAAUGGAGAGCUGCCCCAAGUGAAUGGCAUUGAAAAGGUCAACGGGGUUAUUGGAGAUGGCGACGCGAGCAUGAUGAGCCCUGAAAGCUUAUGA